CUCCGGUCCUUGACCCAAAAAUAAUGUCUUUGACACGUUUUUCACAACUCCUACUACCAACGUAACGAACUAUACGAUCUUUGAAGGAUUAGUGAAAAAGGUCAUUUUACUGAGUGGGCGUUUUGUUUUAAUCAUUCGAUUCGGAAGUUCCAGAAUUUGUUUAUAAAUAGAACAGCUGUUAACACCGCCCCCAUUGUUGCGUUCGAAUCUACUCGAAGGAUGCAGAUAUUUGUGAAGACGUUGACAGGAAAGACGAUCACGUUGGAGGUGGAGCCUAGUGAUACCAUUGAGAAUGUGAAAGCGAAAAUCCAAGAUAAGGAAGGUAUUCCUCCUGACCAACAACGUCUGAUAUUUGCCGGUAAGCAGUUGGAAGACGGUCGCACUUUGUCUGAUUACAACAUUCAGAAAGAGUCGACUCUUCAUCUUGUUCUUCGUUUACGUGGUGGUAUGCAGAUAUUUGUGAAGACGUUGACAGGAAAGACGAUCACGUUGGAGGUGGAGCCUAGUGAUACCAUUGAGAAUGUGAAAGCGAAAAUCCAAGAUAAGGAAGGUAUUCCUCCUGACCAACAACGUCUGAUAUUUGCCGGUAAGCAGUUGGAAGAUGGUCGCACUUUGUCUGAUUACAACAUUCAGAAAGAAUCGACUCUUCAUCUUGUUCUUCGUUUACGUGGUGGUAUGCAGAUAUUUGUGAAGACGUUGACAGGAAAGACGAUCACGUUGGAGGUGGAGCCUAGUGAUACCAUUGAGAAUGUGAAAGCGAAAAUCCAAGAUAAGGAAGGUAUUCCUCCUGACCAACAACGUCUGAUAUUUGCCGGUAAGCAGUUGGAAGACGGUCGCACUUUGUCUGAUUACAACAUUCAGAAAGAGUCGACUCUUCAUCUUGUUCUUCGUUUACGUGGUGAUAAGGAAGGUAUUCCUCCUGACCAACAACGUCUGAUAUUUGCCGGUAAGCAGUUGGAAGAUGGUCGCACUUUGUCUGAUUACAACAUUCAGAAAGAGUCGACUCUUCAUCUUGUUCUUCGUUUACGUGGUGGUAUGCAGAUAUUUGUGAAGACGUUGACAGGAAAGACGAUCACGUUGGAGGUGGAGCCUAGUGAUACCAUUGAGAAUGUGAAAGCGAAAAUCCAAGAUAAGGAAGGUAUUCCUCCUGACCAACAACGUCUGAUAUUUGCCGGUAAGCAGUUGGAAGAUGGUCGCACUUUGUCUGAUUACAACAUCCAGAAAGAAUCGACUCUUCAUCUUGUUCUUCGUUUACGUGGUGGUAUGCAGAUAUUUGUGAAGACGUUGACAGGAAAGACGAUCACGUUGGAGGUGGAGCCUAGUGAUACCAUUGAGAAUGUGAAAGCGAAAAUCCAAGAUAAGGAAGGUAUUCCUCCUGACCAACAACGUCUGAUAUUUGCCGGUAAGCAGUUGGAAGAUGGUCGCACUUUGUCUGAUUACAACAUCCAGAAAGAAUCGACUCUUCAUCUUGUUCUGCGUUUACGUGGUGGUAUGCAGAUAUUUGUGAAGACGUUGACAGGAAAGACGAUCACGUUGGAGGUGGAGCCUAGUGAUACCAUUGAGAAUGUGAAAGCGAAAAUCCAAGAUAAGGAAGGUAUUCCUCCUGACCAACAACGUCUGAUAUUUGCCGGUAAGCAGUUAGAAGACGGUCGCACUUUGUCUGAUUACAACAUCCAGAAAGAAUCGACUCUUCAUCUUGUUCUUCGUUUACGUGGUGGUAUGCAGAUAUUUGUGAAGACGUUGACAGGAAAGACGAUCACGUUGGAGGUGGAGCCUAGUGAUACCAUUGAGAAUGUGAAAGCGAAAAUCCAAGAUAAGGAGGGUAUUCCUCCUGACCAACAACGUCUGAUAUUUGCCGGUAAGCAGUUAGAAGACGGUCGCACUUUGUCUGAUUACAACAUCCAGAAAGAGUCGACUCUUCAUCUUGUUCUUCGUUUACGUGGUGGCCUCUUCUAAAAUGUUCUCUGCAGCUAUAUUCGGAGUCGAGGUUUCUUGUUCUUUCCGGUCACUGGCGUUUAAAUGUGGUUAGUUUGUCAAUCAGUAUACUGUCAGGAGUUUCUUUAAUCGUUGGACAAAUGUGAUCGAACUUGAUGUCGAUCAUGGCUUAUGAAGUCAUUUAAAGUUCUUUGUUCACAGCAUGAUAAUUUAGUAAGAUAAUAUUUCUUCCCGAGAAAUUUUCGUAUUUGUAUUUGACUUUAUUA